AGAGAAGAAGUGGUGGCGAUGCCGCCGAGGGCAGUGCCGUCGUCGUCUCCCUUGCCUCUUGCACUCGCCGCCGUCGCCAUAGUCGUCGUAGCACUUGCCGUUUCCUCCUGUUCCGCGACCACCGAUGCUCCAGGCCUGGGAGUGGGAGCGAGAGAGAUGGUGGCACGGGACGACCCCAAGUGCGAGGAGAUGGUGCCCUGCACCUUCAGGCGCUGCAUCCAGUACUGCGUCAGCAUCGGGCUGCAGCCCAAGGGGUUCUGCAACUCCAAGCCCAACAUGCAGGUCUACUGCUGCUGCGUCAUCCCCUAGCAUCAUAGCUCCUCGUCAACACACCUAAAUCUGCAGCCCUGCUAGAGAAGAUACGAUCUCUAUGCAGAUUAGCUGCAGCGAUAUAUAUAGAUGGAUGAAUCGUGCAAGCGGUUGAACUAUGGUGCUGGAAUCUGUAAUAUAUAUAAGCGGAUCAUCCAAAGUGCAAAACAUAUAGUUUUUGCAUUGCC